AACAGCUGUGGACAAAUGGAAAGAAGAGGCAUAAAAUACGUAACAACAUUUAAUUUUUGCAAUAUGCCAAUUCCACGAAUUCUCCGCCCAACAUACCGAUCUCUGGCUUCCUUCACUGCCAAGCGCACGGCGGUCACAAGUCAAGCAAGCCAGGUACGGAUUGUGGAGGUGGGUCCCCGGGAUGGACUCCAAAAUGAAGCCAAGCUGCUGCCAGCCGCAACGAAAAUCGAGCUGAUCGAUCGCCUGUCCGCAACCGGCCUGUCCACCAUUGAAGCAACAAGUUUCGUGAGUGCGAAGUGGGUUCCACAGAUGGGAGACAAUGCAGAGGUAUUUCGUGGCAUACGCAAAGUGCCGGGGAUCAGCUACCCCGUACUCACGCCCAAUCUCAAAGGGUUCGAGAGCGCACUGGCAGCGGGCGCCAAAGAGGUGGCCGUCUUUGGAGCUGCUUCCGAUGCAUUUUCCCUGAAAAAUGUCAACUGCACAGCCGCCGAGGCAAUCGAGCGAUUCAGGCCCGUUCUGAAAGCAGCCCAAAAGCAUGGAGUGCGUGUUCGCGGCUAUGUAUCCACAAUAGUCGGCUGCCCCUACGAGGGUGCCGUUGCCCCCAGUGCUGUGGUCAGAGUAGUCGAAGCUCUGCAUGAAAUGGGCUGCUACGAGAUCUCCUUGGGCGACACCAUUGGCGUGGGCACACCCGGCAGCAUGCGUCGAAUGCUGGACGAGGUAACACGAGCGGUGCCCGCGGAGAAUCUGGCUGUGCAUUGCCACGACACCUAUGGCCAGGCUCUGUCCAAUAUCUUGGCCUCGCUGGAAUACGGCAUACGCGUGGUGGACUCCUCGGUUUCGGGUCUGGGUGGAUGCCCCUAUGCCCGCGGAGCAUCUGGCAAUGCGGCCACCGAGGAUGUGGUCUACAUGUUGCAUGGCCUGGGCCUCAAUACAGGCGUCAAUCUCGACAAACUCAUUCAAGUUGGGCGCUACAUCUGCGCGGAGCUGGGCCGCCCCUCAGAGUCCAAGGUAAAUCGCGCCUGGAAGGGUGGUGCUGCAGUCAAUCAGUAGUUAUGUUGAUCUGGGUCUCCAGAAACGGCAAACGAUGGCAUUUACUAGAAAUAGUUAUACAAUACAUUUAUUUUUGAUGCAA